UAGACUGACAAGAUAUUAAUUUAAGGAACGAUUUGUUUUAAUUUAUAUCUUAUGAAAAUUGUGAAUCAAUGUUUGUGAAGUUCUUUAUUUCUCGUUGAGCGUAUUGAUUAGUGCAUUUCCAUCAAUCUAAACUAAGCAAGAGAAUACAGUCCAAUCAAAGAUUGUUGUUUAUUUUUAACAAUGAAUACUGAAGACAGGACCAAGUCAAAGUCUGCGAAAAAAGCUAUUAUUCAACAUGUUCAAUCUCAUGCGAAGAAUCAACAGCUUUAUAAAGUUUAUAACAUAAACGUGCCCGUGGACUAUCUUCUCAAAAAAGCGAAAAACUACAUUAGGAAGAACGGAAAAUCUAUAAUUGUCAUUCCUGAUUUAGAGAUAUUAGGAGGUUGUUUAAAAAUAAGUAAUGGAAUCUUGAGAGAUCUUUCAAGUCUGAAAAGAAUAGGAAAUGCAACUAUAUUCAACACAGAACAGACACGAAGUAUACAAGCUAGCUUUGGACUUUCUACACUUCAAUUAAAGUGUCAUUAUGAGCUUACAAUUGGCUUCAUCACAUUCAGUGGCAACAUAUUCGCAGCUAUUAAUGGAUUAGGAAUAGCGGCGAAACUGAAUGUUGAUUAUGAUGAUUAUAAUAAAACAUACGACGCAAGUUUGGAGCACUUUCAAAUAAAACGUGGUUUAAUCACUAUAAAAAUGACUGGUCUAAUUCAUGAUUUAAUGAAUAUCAUAACCAGUCAAAUUACUUCAUCAAUAAAUACUGAAUUGUACGACAUAAUCGAAGUUAUAAUCCGUAAUUUUAUUAAAGAGCAAAUUAAAUUUCAUUUGUAA